AUGACUUCCAUGCCCAUUGCACUGCGGAAUGCAAGUGUUGCGAGCGUCAGCACGAUAGUAUCUAUGAAUUACCUCCAGCUUCUCAUCUCCGUGUAUCGUAUCAGCUUAACAGCCACCAUUGAAUCCUCCAUCGAAUCCGCCGUUGAAUCUUCCAUCGAAUCCACCGUUGAAUCCUCCAUCAAAUCCGCUGUUGAAAUCUUCCAUCGAAUCCGCUGUUGAAUCCUUCAUCAAUUCCACUGUUGACUCCAUUGAAUCCAUCUCCAAUUCAAAGCAGUCCAAUACCUCAAUUUGAUGAAUACUUCAAUUGAUUGACAAGAGAACAGUUGCUUGAUAUGAAUAUUGACAAGAGUAUAU